AUGGCGGCCGCAUCUGUCAGCAGGCCCGUUUUCUCCAGAACAGGAGGACCCUGGGACUGUAUCUUUCCCUGAAGAGCCGAGAAGAUUUCGCGAUGAAUCUAACGCGCUGGAGUGGGAAACGGCGACGUUCAGCAUCGGGCUCAGACUCCUUUUCGGGGAGCGGCGGUGACAGCAGUGACAACCUCCUGCUCCCCUCGGGGCCGGUGCUCAGCCCGCCCCCGGGCCUGGGACGCAGCCUGAAGGACCGCGGCCGCCGGCCAGCUAGAGCUGCAGGGGAAUGCAAGCAGAUAUUUCCUGAUGACCACACAGACAGGCUGCUAUUAGCAAACUGGGGACUUCCUACAGCGGUUCUGGAGAAAUAUCACAGUUUUGGUGUACAAAAGAUGUUUGAAUGGCAGGCAGAGUGCCUUUUGCUUGGACGAGUCCUGGAAGGGAAGAAUUUAGUCUAUUCAGCUCCUACAAGUGCUGGGAAGACUCUUGUUGCUGAACUACUUAUUUUGAAGCGGGUAUUGGAAAUGCGGAAGAAAGCUCUAUUUAUUUUACCUUUUGUCUCUGUGGCAAAAGAGAAGAAAUACUAUCUCCAGAGUCUGUUUCAGGAAGUAGGAAUAAAAGUGGAUGGUUAUAUGGGCAGUACCUCUCCAACAAGGCCUUUCUCUUCUUUGGAUAUUGCUGUCUGCACAAUUGAGAGAGCGAAUGGUCUGAUCAAUCACCUCAUAGAGGAAAAUAAGAUGGAUCUAUUAGGAAUGGUGGUUGUGGAUGAAUUGCAUAUGCUGGGAGACUCUCACCGAGGGUAUCUGCUGGAACUUUUGCUGACCAAGAUUUGCUAUAUUGCUCAGAAAUCAGCAUCUUGCCAGGCAGAUUUAGCCAGUUCGUUGGCUAGUGCUGUGCAGAUUGUUGGCAUGAGUGCUACUCUUCCUAAUUUGGAGCUUGUGGCUUCCUGGUUGAAUGCUGAACUCUACCACACUGACUUUCGCCCUGUACCACUGUUGGAGUCAGUAAAAAUCGGAAAUUCCAUUUAUGACUCUUCAAUGAAGCUUGUGAGGGAAUUUCAACCCAUGCUACAAGUGAAGGGUGAUGACGACCAUGUUGUUAGUUUAUGUUAUGAGACCGUUCUUGAUAACCAUUCAGUAUUACUUUUCUGUCCAUCAAAGAAAUGGUGUGAGAAGCUGGCACAUGUCAUUGCCCGUGAGUUUUACAAUCUACGUCAUCAAGCUGAGGGAGUGGUGAGGUCAUCUGAACUUCCACCAAUGAUACUGGAACGGAAGGGCCUCCUAGAAGUGAUGGAUCAGUUAAAACGUGUGCCUUCAGGACUGGACUCUGUAUUGCAGAAAACUGUACCUUGGGGAGUAGCAUUUCACCAUGCAGGUCUUACUUUUGAGGAGAGAGAUAUUAUUGAAGGAGCCUUCCGUCAAGGUCAGAUUCGGGUCUUGGCAGCAACUUCUACUCUUUCAUCUGGGGUGAAUUUACCUGCACGUCGUGUAAUCAUUCGGACUCCUAUUUUCAGUGGUCAACCUCUAGAUAUUCUUACUUAUAAGCAGAUGGUUGGUCGUGCUGGCAGGAAAGGAGUAGACACAGUAGGUGAGAGUAUCUUAGUUUGUAAGAACUCUGAGAAAUCAAAAGGAAUAGCUCUACUUCAGGGAUCUCUAAAACCUGUUCAGAGCUGUCUGCAGAAACAAGGAGAAGAAGUAACUUCGAGCAUGAUAAGAGCUAUUCUGGAGAUAAUAGUUGGUGGAGUGGCAAAUACAUCACAAGAUUUACAGACUUAUGCUUCUUGCACAUUCUUGGCUGCAAGUAUGAAAGAAAAGAAGCAGGAAAUUCAGAAAAAUCAAGAUUCUGUUCAACUUGGAGCAAUUGAGGCCUGUGUAAUGUGGCUGCUAGAAAAUGAAUUCAUCCAGGUUACUGGAGCUAAUGAUGGAACAGAAGGAAGUGUGUACCAUCCAACACAUCUUGGUUCAGCAGCUAUAUCUUCUUCACUUUGUCCAUCUGAUACCUUAGAUAUUUUUGCCGACCUCCAAAGAGCAAUGAAGGGCUUUGUUUUAGAGAAUGAUCUGCAUAUUGUUUAUCUAGUUACACCUAUGUUUGAGGAUUGGACUACUAUUGAUUGGUAUCAGUUUUUCUGUUUAUGGGAGAAGUUGCCAGCUUCUAUGAAACGGGUGGCAGAGCUAGUGGGAGUUGAAGAAGGGUUCUUGGCUCGCUGUGUGAAAGGAAAAAUAGUAGCCAGAACUGAGAGACAGCACCGACAAAUGGCCAUCCAUAAAAGGUUUUUUACCAGUCUUGUGCUAUUAGAUUUAAUCAGUGAAGUUCCCUUAAAGGAAAUUAAUCAGAAAUACGGAUGCAAUCGUGGACAGAUCCAAUCUUUACAACAGUCAGCUGCUGUUUAUGCAGGGAUGAUUACAGUAUUUUCCAACCGCCUGGGCUGGCACAACAUGGAACUACUACUUUCCCAAUUUCAGAAGCGUCUUACAUUUGGCGUCCAGAGGGAGCUGUGUGACCUGGUCCGGAUAUCCUUACUUAAUGCACAGCGAGCCAGAUUCCUCUAUGCUUCUGGCUUUCUUACUGUGGCUGAUCUUGCCAGAGCAGAUGUUGCUGAGGUGGAAACUAUUCUGAAAAAAGCUGUGCCUUUUAAAAGUACCCGAAAGGCAGUGGAUGAGGAAGAGGAAGCUGCUGAAGAACGUCGGAAUAUGCGAACUAUUUGGGUGACUGGCAGAAAAGGCUUAACUGAAAGGGAAGUAGCAGCCCUUAUAGUGGAAGAAGCCAGAAUGAUUCUGCAGCAGGACUUAAUUGAAAUGGGAGUGCAGUGGAAUCCAUAUUCCCUUUCGAAUUCUGAUACACACUCAUUGAUCAGCAGUAAGUCAGAAGUAAAAGAACACAAAUUUAUACCCCAAAUUGAGAGUUCUUAUAAAAGAGUAACAGCAAAAAGAAAAAGUAACACAGUAUUCAGCGAUUCUUCUGUGAAUGAUUCACCAAAUACAGUGCACGAUUUAGAUAAAAGUACAGAGGGUACAAAUUUCUUUUCUCACAAGUUUCAGGUUGGAAAUCAAGAACAUCAGUUACAUUGCAUUACCAGAACAAGAAAACAGGCUUCUCUGAAUAUAAAUAAAAAGAAUCUAGGAACCUCUCUGCGUGAGGGGAAAACAAGCUCUAAGAAAGUUGUUCAGACUCUCUCAUCUGAGAAAACAAAAAAAGAAGCUUUGAAUUUCAGUUCAGAAAAGAUGAAUACAACCUCUCAAUCUUGGAAACAUAAUAAUAAGCAUCUAAAACUAUCCAGAGACAAUAGCCCUAUCAAAGACACUAGGAUACACAGGAUCAAUUUACAAGAACGAGCUAUGUCUAAUCCUGUUCAUUGUGAAGACUCAUUUACUUUAAUUGAGAAUAUGGAAUUUAGAAGUCCAGAGCCAUUUGCUAAAAAUGUAUCUUUCUGUGCUGAGGGAAAAUACAACAAAACAUUAUUCCUAUCACAAACGGAACAAAGUUGUUUAAGGAACGAAACAAUAGCUAAUGAUAUUCUAGUUGAACAUUUUAUCGCAGGAUCCCAGAGUAAAAAAGUAAUUUGUCAAGACGCUAAGGUGGUUAGUGAAAAUGGAAGAGAAUUAGCAAUUGAGUCAGAAAAAAUAAAUAAAGCAUGGAUACAAAAUGAGUCAAAAAACCACAAUGUUUGUGUGAAACACUAUGACAGCCAUCCAGGUAACUGCCUGGAAAAGCAGUUUGAUAAACAGGCAAACACUUAUACCAAACUGAAAAAAAUAACAGCAAUACAAAUGCCCUGUGAGACAGACUGUAGUUACAUGAAUAGAGACUCAACUGUUAUUGUCAGACGUGAAAGUGUAAAGUUUAAUGCUGAAGAAAAUAAAUCAAAUAAUCUUCAGGUGUCAGAAGAUAAUACAAGCAUCACUGAGAUUCCCAGUGGAGUACAUCUACCAAGUAGAGCAUGUGGUAAGUCAGGAGGCCAGCCUGAGAAUAUUCUAAAUACCCCUAGGGUACAAGAAAAGACAGAUGCUUAUGCAGCAGUCAAAGCUAAAAAUGAUCAUGUUUCUGACCUAGAAACACAAGAAGCUAUGAAACCAGUUAUACCCCUGUUUCCUCAAAAGAGAACUCCUACCGGUAUAGAAGUAGAAUGUCUGCCAGUUCCUGAAACAAGUUUGAAUUUGAGUGAUAGUUUACUGUUUGACAGUUUCAGUGAAGACGACCUCAUAAAAGAACAACCACCUGAUGUACGAGCAAAAGAACUUCCUUUGGAAAUAGCUUCAGUCCAUUUCAGUGAUUCUCUGUGUUUCCAACCAGAGGGCCCAAUUAAAAAAUCAAAUAUGAUUGAGAAUCAAGAUAAUCAGCAGCCAUUGUCUUGUUUCAGUGGUGGGUCCAUUAUAUUUUCAGAAAUAGAUUCUGCUCAGAUGGUUGAAGCUUUGGACAAUGUAGAUGUGUCUCCUGUCCAAGAGAAACAUAAUACUACAGUAUCUCUUAGAAUAUUAGAACUGAGUGAUCCAGUGAUUGAAGGUAAUGAUUAUCCCCAAAGAGAAGUAAUUGGAGGAGUUAAAGAUGAAAGGUCUCAAAAAUCCAAAUUAACUGGGAUGAGACAAGAGAAUUCAUUUGUAUGGUCAGGGGCAUCAUUUGAUUUAAGUCCAGGACUGCAAAGGAUUUUGGAUCAAGUUCCCAGUCCUCUAGAAAAUGAAAAGUUAAAAUUAACCACUACAGACUUGUCACUUUUGAAAGGAAAAAAUACAACUGUAAAUGAUAAACAAGAGUUGAUUUCAAAUUUGGAGCCAAAUCAAGUGCAAGGAAUUUCAUUUUCCCCUAAUAUUGCAGUAAAAGGCAAAAUUGGGGCACUAGAGAACAAUGUCAUUCAUGGUGAAAUCCCCUCCCUCUUGCCUUGUAAAGAAAGCUAUAUAGUUGAUGAUAAUGGACUCAUUCCUCCUACACCCAUUCCAGCAUCUGCUUCUAAGAUGGCAUUUCCAGGUAUUGGAACAUCUUCUGUGAAGCUCCAGAAAAUCAGUAGUGUUUCACAACUUGAUGAAAGUUACUUAUUUUGUGCACCUUCAGAUAAUAAAAACCAUGAUUUAAGUCCAGAGAGAAAUGGUUUAAAAGACAGCAGUCCCAUCAGAGACACAAGCUUUUCACUGCAGCUAUCACCGGAUGGGUUGCAGCUAACUCCAGCCUCAUGCAGUUCAGAAAGUUUGGCUAUAAUUGAUGUAGCAAGUGACCAAACUCUGUUUCAAACAUUCAUUAAGGAGUGGCAGAGCAAAACUCGAUUUUCCAUCUCAUUGGCUUGUGAAAAGAUUAGUAAUUUGACAUCUUCUAAAACUACUACUAUUGGUGGAAGGUUUAAACAAGUUCGUUCCCCUCAGGAAAACCCUAUUAGAGAUGAUGGAUUUCCUGUUAAAGGUUGUGAUGACAUCUUGGUGGUUGGACUGGCAGUAUGCUGGGGUGGAAGAGAUGCCUACUAUUUUUCAUUGCAGAGGGAACAGAAGCAUUCUGAAAUUACUGCCAGUUUGGCCGCACCUUCUCUGGAUCCAAGCCUGACUGUGAAAGACAGAAUGUGGCACCUUCAAUCUUGCUUUCGAAAGGAGUCUGAUAAAGAACGUUCUGUUAUCAUUUAUGACUUCAUCCAGAGCUAUAAAAUUCUUCUUCUGUCUUGUGGCAUCUCCCUGGAACAGAGUUAUGAAGAUCCUAAGGUGGCGUGCUGGUUGCUAGAUCCAGAUUCCAAGGAACCAACUCUUCACAGCAUAAUUUCCCGUUUUCUUCCUCAUGAGCUUCCACUCCUGGAAGAGAUAGAGACUGGCCAAGGAAUUCAAAGCCUGGGGCUGAAUGUCAGCACCGAGCAUUCUGGGCGAUACAGAGCAUCUGUAGAGUCUAUCCUUAUCUUCAACUCUAUGAAUCAACUCAGUUCUUUGUUGAAGAAGGAAAACCUUCAAGAUGUUUUCUGUAAAGUGGAAAUGCCCUCCCAGUACUGCUUGGCCUUGCUAGAACUAAAUGGAAUUGGCUUUAGUACUGCAGAAUGUGAAAGUCAGAAACACUUAAUGCAAGCCAAACUGGAUGCAAUUGAGACUCAGGCCUAUCAACUAGCUGGCCAUAGUUUUUCCUUCACCAGUUCAGAUGACAUCGCUGAGGUUUUGUUUUUGGAAUUGAAGUUGCCACCAAGUGGAGAGAGAAAAAACCAAGGCAGCAAGAAAACUUUGGGUUCUACCAGAAGAGGGAUUGACAAUGGACACAAGCAAAGGCUGGGAAAACAGUUCAGCACUAGUAAGGAUGUUUUAAAUAAAUUAAAGGCAAUACAUCCUUUACCAGGCUUGAUAUUAGAGUGGAGAAGAAUCACUAAUGCUAUUACCAAAGUAGUCUUUCCCCUGCAGCGGGAAAAGCGUCUGAAUCCUUUUCUUGGAAUGGAAAGAAUCUAUCCUGUAUCACAAUCACACACUGCUACAGGACGAAUAACCUUUAUAGAACCAAAUAUUCAGAAUGUACCAAGAGAUUUUGAGAUCAGAAUGCCAACACUAGUAGAGGAAAGCCCACCUUCCCAAGCCCUAGGCAAAGGCCUACUUCCUACAAGCAGCAGAAGAGGAAAAAAGAAGGGCUGUGGUCUGAACCGCAGGCAUCAGGCACAGAUGGGAGAGAGAGCCUCAGACAGAGGAAUGCCUUUUUCAGUUAGCAUGAGACAUGCCUUUGUGCCUUUCCCAGGUGGUUUAAUAUUAGCUGCUGAUUACUCUCAACUUGAGCUGAGGAUCUUGGCUCAUUUAUCCCAUGAUCAUCGUCUCAUUCAAGUACUAAACACUGGAGCUGAUGUCUUCAGGAGUAUUGCAGCUGACUGGAAGAUGAUUGAGCCAGGAUCUGUUGGGGAUGAUCUGAGGCAACAAGCAAAACAGAUUUGCUAUGGAAUCAUAUAUGGAAUGGGAGCUAAGUCUCUGGGAGAGCAGAUGGGUAUUAAAGAAAAUGAUGCUGCUUGCUACAUCGACUCCUUCAAAACCAGAUACACUGGAAUUAAUCAUUUCAUGAGAGAGACAGUGAAGAAUUGUAAAAGAGAUGGGUUUGUUCAGACUAUUUUGGGAAGGCGUAGAUAUUUACCAGGAAUCAAAGACAACAACCCUUACCGUAAAGCUCACGCUGAGCGUCAGGCUAUCAACACAACAGUCCAAGGUUCGGCGGCUGAUAUUGUCAAAAUAGCCACAGUUAAUAUUCAGAAGCAAUUGGAGACCUUCCACUCAACCUUCAAAUCCCAUGGUCAUCGGGAGGGUAUGCUCCAAAAUGACAGAACAGGAUUGUUACCAAAGAGAAAACUGCAAGGGAUGUUCUGCCCAAUCAGAGGAGGCUUCUUCAUCCUUCAACUCCAUGAUGAACUCUUAUAUGAAGUGGCAGAAGAGGAUGUUGUUCAGGUAGCUCAGAUUGUGAAGAAUGAAAUGGAAAGUGCUGUAAAACUCUCUGUGAAACUGAAAGUGAAAAUGAAAAUAGGCGCCAGCUGGGGAGAGCUGAAGGACUUUGAUGUGUGAUUGUGGGGAAGCCUGGUGUAGGUACAGUCACACAGAAAGAAUAGAGAUUACCUUUCACCUGCUUCAUGAAAUAGAAAUCCUCAAGUCUUGAUGAACUUAGGAUAGUAAUUUUAUAGUGAGAGUGUCAAUAUGUAUAUGAGAGUUUAUUCUCUGUAGUGUAAAAAAAAUUUUUUUGAGGCCAAAUACUAAGUUUAAUUCACUCUUUAAUAUUCUUUAAUUUAAUACAAGAAAGUAUUUAUGAAAUUACCUUUUAAAGCUUACUGUGGCUCUUAACAGGUUCAGAACACAUGCUUCAAAUAUGUACUUAGCACUUUGGGUCUUCAUCUGUCUAGGUUGAGCAUUAAGAAACAACUGCUGCCUUGGAGGCAUUUUCAGCCCAACCAGGAUUCAGAAACUUGUGAUAAGGACCCUAAUAGGAGUGGAGACAGAUAAGGAUUUGGUUUCACAUAAGCCACUAGGCUUAGGCGUUGUGUGUAUUUAUAGCCAAUAUCAAUUUAAGACUUCUGAAGUAGUAUUUUUAAAUAGCAUUGGCUAAUGAAUUAAGAAUUCUGUGAAGUGGUAAGGCUUAGUAUGGAUGUAGUCUAGGAAUAGAUUGUCAUGAAAUGCUGUUUCUUCUUUCUUUCCCUCCCCCAGUUCAUGCAAUGAAUGUAUUUCAAUACUUAGGUAUUAAAAAACAAACUGCGCCUCUUUAAGAGGUAUCCUGAUCUGUAAGAUCGGAUAUUUAUAUUGCAGUUUAAUAUAAUACUGCCUGAGAAGGAAAACACCCCCCCAUCGGUCCCUCAUGCCUCUUUCUCUGUGGCAUUGUGAGACUAUUCAUGUUGAAAGAUGGUACUUUAUAACCCCAGUCAGAGGUGAUAACUGACCUUUUUGAUGUUUGAAUAAAGUUAAUUUAUGAGAAA